CUCUCUCAUUACCGCAGGUGCGUAAUUACGCACUGCGCCCUCGAAACUUUGUCUUAUAUCAACCGCGCGCUGACGUCCGACGUGCCGCUAUGAGUCAAGACACAAUAAGAGGAAAUCCCCAGGGCCGAGAAAAACGACGUGAGGCCCCUUUAAAUCGACGCUUCCUCGGUGUUGUGCCAAGAGAGAGGGAGACAGAGAGAGAGAGAGAGAGUCAGAGACAGACAGAGGGAGAGAGAUAGAGAGAUAGAGAGGGAGAUAGAGAGAGAUCUGAUCAACAACAACAACACUGUUCUUCUCAGAAGGCGCUUUUACCGGAUUCAGCUCUUUACUGCGGCCUCGGAGAAGAAGAGGCUACGAGGACUUUCUGACAGUUCUUUCCGACAUACUGUCGUGUGUUGUUCAUACAUUCAUUGUGUUGAAUGCCAUUGCGGAAGUGAGAAGCUCUUCGGCACGACACAAAGCUUGGGCUGUGCGGACACCUAGCGGCCAAUCAGGAGAAGUGUCCUUGUAGAGAUGUACGGAGCUUCAGGUAUCCCAGAGCUCAUCCCGCCGAGCGGACCGCCCCGGCAGCCGGGUCCGGCAGGGCAGUACAACCCGGGACACCCCCAGGUCAACGGCGACGGCGGCGGGGCCAACCCUCAGAGACUCGGCCAGAGGGCACCCAAGCUGGGACAGAUUGGUCGAACCAAGAAAGUGGACUUGGACGAUGAAUGCUUGGAUGACAUCAUGAACAACAACGGGCAGUGUCCUGUAUCCCUGUCACCCAUCUCUUAAACUUCACCAAGAAGUGCCAAAAAAAGAAAUCAACCAGGACGCCAAAACUCCCCGUCAGUGAUCUUGGCCUUGAUCCUGUCAUGUGUCCGACUGAAGCUUCUGAUGGCUCAACCAGGCACAAAAAAGCCUCAUUUAGCGGCAGCUGAAGCCUAGGCCCUGAUUGUACAUAGUGUUUAUUUAACUUACCUUUGGUCAGACUGUGAAUGGAUUGAAUUGCGUCGCUCUCUACUCUAUACCUCGGUAGGCAGUAGAUUAUCAGGACUUGAGAGAAGGAAAUGUCUAUAUUUUUUAGAGCUUCUUGAGAAGGGCUACAUUUCUAAAGUUGCACUGAGCAAAUGGUUUGGGUGAAAAGCAGCUUCUCACCUGCCUGUUUUCUGGUGAGGGUUUCUGAGUCUGUGGGUUGGCUGUGCGAGGGCACACAGACCUGUUAAUGUAUAACACACAGGUGAAAUGUUAAGCUUUUGGUUGUGCAAUGACUAUCGUUCUUGACUCUCACACCGAUGCAAGUGGUGUACUUAUAUCCAAUGGACGAAAGCUCGCUAUUUACAGAAGGAAAAUAAACUACUGCUAAUUAUUUAUUGUUUUAAAAAAAAUGAGAAGAAACACUUUGGUGUGUUGUUAUGGCUUCUAAAUGUUUUAUACUCGUUUCUGAAUGGAAAUUGCUUCAGUCCUCUAUAACUGAGAUUUAAUAUGUUUCCAAAUGGUGCACUUUGUGGGAAUGCCUGUUAUGUGCAGUGACAUGUUGCAGAAUUCUAUGCAUGGAGUCUGUUAGAGCAUCAAAACACGUAACUGGCAUCCUGUUAUUAAGGGCUAAUGUAGAAGUAUUUCAAACUGCAGCACCGUUAUGCUCUUUAGAUCAUGCAGAGUCAACAUUUUCCUAAGCUCAUUGUUGGCUCGGGCUGCUGACUCAGCAGUAAAACGUCAUAAACAACAACAGAUAUAUGGAGGUUUUGUUAGCUUUCAAAGCAAGGGGUUUCCCAGUUGGCCAGACGACUGUGAUAAAAGACAUGUACAGUUCUAGUUGUUUUAAAUCAAUUGCCAAAUGAUAUUAGACGCUGUAUCAUAAUAAUGAUUGAAAUGGAUUGGUACACAGACAUGUCAUAGUGAACAACACUUACUUUGUAUUAAUAUUUACAGCAGUAAUCUGCUUAAGCUACACCCAGAUGGUGUCAGUGUCUUUUAGGUUCAAGUGAGCUCAUCAAAGAUAAUGUCUACUUUUACUUCACAAUUACAGUAUGAGAUAAUGAAAACAAACAGCUCUGUAUGAUUAGUUCUCACUGCUGAGACAAUCUUAACACUGAUGUUUUUUGGGGGGUCUUUUGGGUUUUUUAAAGAUUGCAGUGGACCUUGAAAUGACAUGCUGUUGUCGGUAGAGGCUCAUGCUGAUGUCAUGUUACUUAGUUGGCUGUGAAAUUGUUACUAGUUCACUUUAACUUUUUUUGUGCGUCAUGGAAGCACUGCAUUUCACAGCCCGUUCUCUGACUCAAAGAUUGUCGUUUGGGGUUGUGGCUACCAUUUGCAUGGAAAUGGUCGACUUUUCAUAAUGCAUCUCGGGAAAUUAAAGAUGAAUCUUUGUGGAAUCUUUGUUGGAUCUGUUGUUUUGAUUCACCUAAACUUCAAACACAUUCACAUAAUUGUUCAAGAAAUAGCUAGGAUUUUUUGAAGUGUUGUUGUACGAGGUAGUUAUCCAUAUUCCAUAUCAGUGUACAGUAGAUGGAGUUUGGAGAAACAGACUCCCUUUAGAGUACCAACACGGGAGCAAAGCACGACACUGCUGUAGGCGGAGGCAGCAGCAAAACAAAUUUUAGACACCUAAAAAAAUCUAAAUCAGUUAAAGUAAACACCAUAUGUGGAAUAUUUUCACCGCCUUACCUUGCUGUGUCACGAUCAGGUCACACUAAUCUAUGAAACCACGGAAGUUAUGCCAAGGCUGGAUUUUUUACUGAAGGCAUUUUUAUGCUCAACAUUACAGUAGUGUGAUGUGGCCUUAUUCAAAUAAAGGGAACAAAUGGAGUGGUAAACAGACUUAAAUGUUGUGUGAGACAUAUAUUUAAAUACACAUACAUACUCUGCUUUAAAUAAUAAUUAGUCUGAUAUGAUGUAAAAAAAUAUAUUAUAUUAUCUGCUCCUUCUUCAUUUAAAAAUCCAGACUCUAUAAAUAUGAAUAUAUGCUUUCUUCCAAAGGCUACUGUACUACUUCACUGAAAAGUCCCCUCCCUAUGUAUGUGAACUCAAUGUG